ACGGCCGCCUCCACCAUGUCCGUCUGCUCCAGCAACCUGAGCUACGGCAGCAACGUCUGCAUGCCCGGCUCCUGUGACCCCUGCCCCGACUCCUGGCAGGUGGACGACUGCCCAGAGAGCUGCUGCGAGCCCCCCUGCUGCGCCCCCAGCUGCUGCGCCCCAGCCCCCUCCGUGACCCUCGUCUGCACCCCAGGGAGCUGCCAGUCAGCGUGCACCAGCUCCUGCACGCCCCUGUGCUGCCAGCAGUCUAGCUGCCAGCCCUCGUGCUGCUCCUCCAACCCCUGCCAGCAGCCCAGCUGUGUGACCCUCUGCUGCAGGCCCCUGAGCUGUGUGUCCGUCUCCUGUGUGCCCGUCUGCUCUGGAAGCUCCUCCCCCUGCUGCCAACAGUCUAGCUGCCAGUCCUUGUGCUGCUCCUCCAACCCCUGCGAGCAGCCCAGCUGUGUGACCCUCUGCUGCAAGCCCGUGAGCUGUGUGCCCGUCUCCUGUGUGCCCGUCUGCUCUGGGGGCUCCUCCUCCUGCUGCCAGCAGUCUAGCUGCCAGCCCUCGUGCUGCUCCUCCCCCUGCCAGCAGCCCAGCCGUGUGACCCUCUGCUGCAGGCCCCUGAGCUGUGUGCCCGUCUCCUGUGUGCCCGUCUGCUCUGGGAGCUCCUCCCCCUGCUGCCAGCCAUCCUGCAGCCCCUCCCCCUGCCAGCAGCCCAGCCGUGUGACCCUCUGCUGCAAGCCCCUGAGCUGUGUGCCCGUCUGCCCACGCCCCUCGUGCUGCCAGCCCAGCCCCUGCCCCUCGUCCUGCUGCAGACCCUCCUCCUGCGUGUCCCUGCUCUGCCGCCCCGUGUGCAGGCCCGCCUGCUGCGUGCCCGCCCCCUCCUGCCAGCCCAGCUGCUGCCGCCCGGCCUCCUGCGUGUCCCUGCUCUGCCGCCCCGCCUGCUCCCGCCCCGCCUGCUGCGGCCUCUCCUCGGGACAGUCCUGCUGCUGACCGGCGUGCUCCCCAAGGCCAGCAGGUCCCUAUGGGCACCCCCACUCUCAAGCACCUCUCUAUCUGCGCGUCCUGGUGAGACGCAGAGCCAGCCCCUC